CUGUUUGCAGUUCCAGAGCGAAACUGUUCCGGAGCUCUUCAGUAGGAGAGGUUAGGGGUCUGCAGCUGAGGAUUUUGUGGGGUUUUAGGGGGUUUGUUUCACAGCUCUAGAGGAACAGAGGAUCAGCUGGACUAUAGAAGAAUGAAUUCCAUCCUAUUACAAGUCUUCUCCAGUUCCUAAUGAGGACUUUGGUAACUAACCGAAGCACCAGGCAUAAAGAGGAAUCUUUAGUACCCCCCUACUAAAGUUGUUUGUUAUAGAAAAAUCUCACAUAAAAAUGAAUCCAAGUCCAGAAAAGAAGAAAAUCCACAACUGUUCAGACUGUGGGAAGAGUUUUACUAUUAAAGAAUGAAAUCCAUCCAAUUCUGAGUUCUCUCCAGUUCCUAAUGAGGACUUUGCUACCUGCCAAUCACAAGGCAUCCAGAGGAAUCUUCAGUACCCCCCCACUAAAGCUGUUUGUUACAUCUCACAGAAACAUGAAUCCAAGUUCAGACAAGAAGAAAUCUCACCACUGUUCAGACUGUGGAGAGGGAUUUACUACACAAAGUGAUCUAAGAAAACACCAACGCAUUCACACAGGAGAGAAACCAUAUCAAUGCCCGGACUGUGGGAAGACUUUUACUGCACAAAAUAAUCUCAGAAAACACCAACGCAUUCACACAGGUGAAAGGCCGUAUCACUGCUCAGACUGUGGGAUGAGUUUUACUCAAAAGAGUUCUCUCCAGCGACACCAGCGCAUUCACACCGGAGAGAAACCGUAUCAGUGCUCAGAGUGUGGGAUGAGUUUUACUCAGCAGAGUCAUCUCCAAAAACACCAGCUCAUUCACACAGGAGACAAACCGUAUCUCUGCGCAGAGUGUGGGAGGAGUUUUGGUCGAGUGAAUAAUCUUCAAGAACACCAGCGCAUUCACACCGGAGAGAAGCCAUAUCACUGCUUAGAAUGUGGGAGGAGUUUUAGUAGAAUGAGAAUUCUCCAACAACACCAGCGCAUUCACACUGGAGAGAAGCCAUAUCAGUGCUCAGACUGUGGCAGGAGUUUUACUCAGCAAAGUCACCUCAGUAAACACCAGCGCAUUCACACAGGUGUGAAACCAUAUCACUGCUCAGAGUGUGGGAAGAGCUUUAAUCGACUGAGUAAUCUCCAACACCACCAGCGCAUUCACACUGGGAUUAAGCUAUAGAAGACACAAAUGCACUAAGAGCAGUCUCAGGGCGUUUUCACACCUGUAGUUGAUUUCUAUGGUCCAAAUUAGUUGAUGAAUUAGUUUACUUGGAGCGUUUCUCUCUCUGUUUGGUUUGGUUUGGUUUUACACAGGCAAAAACCUAAAAGCACCUUAUCAGCAGUUUGGCUCAAUAAAAAAAGUAUAUUUGAUAGCUGGGUCGGACCAGAUCACAUUCUCACCACAAGUGAGCCGCUCCAGUGUUUAUUAAGGUUUGGUUGUUUUGUUCUCCACCUGAGUGCAAUUUCUGUUUUCACUCCUGCUCAAUAGAACCGCAAUAAGGGUACAAACGAACCAGAGUCCGUUUUAACCAGACCAAAUAGUGCUGGUGUGAAAACGCCCUCAGAAACAGACAAUAACAUUAUUUAACCAUUCCAUGUCGCAAACAGAUCUGAAAGUAAAGUAAAGAGGGAGGACACUGCACCCUCUAAAACACUCUUGGUAUUGAUUGUCCUUGAGGGAUGCCUGAUUUCUAAUAUGUAAUUUUUUUCAGCUGUGCCAGAAAGACACAAGGCCUUGAAGACAGUUUGAUGUUAUUUUAUUUGUUUUUAAACAAACUGUGACACUGAUGAAGGCUAUAAUAAAGAUGCUUUUGUUGUGCUGGAAAAAAAACAAAGAAAAUAAAGUGAUUUUAACUGA